UUUUCAGAAGAACCGAGGCCUGGAGACAUUAUUGAUAUUUUUCACAUUGGCUACAAGGACUGGGCCAUCUACGUGGGAGACGGUAAUGUGAUCCAUCUGACGCCUCCAAAUCAGUACUCCAGGCCUCACACUUCCAACAACAGUGAGCAUGAAGUAAAAGCUGUGGUGAAAUAUGAACUUCUGAAGGAUGUGGCUAACAACGACAGUUACAAGGUCAACAACUACUUGGACAGGAGAUUUAGGCCACGUCCUGUGGAUGACAUUGUCAAGCUGGCAAUGCAGAAAAUUGGUGAAAUCAGGAGCUACAAUGUUUUCAAGUCCAAUUGUGAACAUUUUGUCACCGAACUGAGAAAUGGCCACAGCCACAGCGAACAGGACUGUGAGGUCUUCGGGGAGAGUGAGCUUUGUCUCUGCAUCUGGCACUGUGGGGAGACCAGGGGGCCCCAGGUCAGCAGCGAAUACAAUCCUGGAGACCUGAUUGAGAUUUCCCGUCCUAUCUACCAGCACUGGGCGCUCUACCUGGGAGAUGGCUACGUGGUCCAUCUGGCUCCUCCAAGUGAGUACGCUGGGGCGGCUUUCUCCACAUUUGUCUCAGUUUGGUCUGAUACAGCAGAGGUGAAAAAGGAGCGGCUGACUUAUGUGGCAAGGAGGUGCAAUCAUCGGGUGAACAACGAGUUGGACAAGGAGCUGGACCCACUGCCUGUGAAGGAGAUUCUCAGUUCUGUCUACAGCAUGAUUGGCAAGAAGGUGCCGUACGAUAUUACCACGAACAAUUGUGAGCACUUUGUCACAGAACUGAGAUAUGGUGAGCCCAGAUCCCUGCAGGUUGAAAACGCCGCAAUGGGAGCAGGGCUGGUGUCAGCCUUAGGUGCGGCUGCUAUUGGAGCAGCAACCCUUGCUAAUUCUAUAGUGAGGAACUGGUCCCACCCCAGUGACAGCCUGAAGAAGUCACAGGAUCCUGCCCUCGAAGCUGCUGAGCAGCCGACCGCCCCCACCUCCGCUGCCUCCCUGACCCCAGCUCCUGGGCAGCCCGCAGUUCUGUCCCUCGCUCUCCCUCUCGCUGACCAAAGGAAGGAAUAAUUGUACCAAGACCUAGAAUGAAUAAAUGUAUUUGCC